AUGAGCAGGUUCACGUACCGCAAUCUCUACAAUCUCAAAACCCCGGAAAAGUCGUUCGACUCGCCCAUGGCCUGCAUUGUGCACUUGGACAUGGACGCCUUCUUCGCCCAGGUGGAACAGGUGCGUCUCGGUCUUCCUCCAGGCACUCCGGUGGCGUGUCGACAGUGGGACGGACUGAUUGCUGUGGGCUAUGCGGCUCGAGCGUCGGGAAUCACGCGUCAUAUGAGAGCUCCGGAGGCCCAAAAGCUGUGUCCUAAUUUGGUUAUGGCCCAUGCAGCUUCUUUCAAACGAGGAGAAGACAUGUGGGAGUACCAUGCCAAUCCCUCGGCGGACGACUACAAAAUCUCUUUGGAUCCCUAUCGACAGGCUGGAAAGAAGGUGCUCAACAUUGUCAAGCAGUACUCUUCGGUGGUGGAGAAGGCCAGUGUUGACGAAAGUUAUCUCGACCUGGGCCCUCGGAUCUUCAAUGAGAUCAUGAUUGCAUUUCCUCAAUUGCAGCUUCUGGACAAUGAUCUGGACAAUUUCCUGCCCGCUCCACCCCGUGCCCAUGAGCUGAAGAUCAGAGGAUACAACUGGGACGGUCUGGGAGUGCUGGAAAUCGUCACUGAUGUGUCACGAUUCGAUCCUGAUAUCAGAGUUCAUGACGAUACCAUGGUGACGGACUGGGACGACCUGGUUCUCAUGUUUGGCGCCAGAAUAUCCAAACGGAUGCGAGAACAAGUCUAUGAAGAGCUCAAGUACACUUGUUCGGCUGGUAUUGCGCGCUGUAGAAGCGUGGCCAAGCUGGCUAGUGCACAAAACAAACCCAACAAUCAAACGGUGGUCAGAGCAGGAGCUCUCAACAACUACCUGAAAAAGAAGAGUCUGACAGACAUUGGAGGAAUGGGGGGAAAGCUGGGAGAGGAGGUUUUGGAGAAGCUGGGGCUGGAUAAGGAAAGCAAGGACAAUAUCACCCAAGUCCAGGCCUUGUCGAAACAACAGUUGCAACAGAAGCUGCAGAAUGCUUCUCUCACAGAAAAAGUGUUUAAUCUGGCACGUGGAAAUCUGUAUCGAGGACUCAAGACGCGAAUUGAGCUCAAGUCGAUGCUUUCAGCCAAAAACUUUGCCAGAGUGCCCUUGAAGGAUCGAAAGGAAGCAGAGUUAUGGCUGGUUGUGUUUGCAGGAGAGCUGGCUAUGCGUAUUGUGGAGCAUGAAAAAGAGCUGGGCACCUGUAGGCGUCCCAGAACGGUGUCUCUUCAACAUGCUCGGUUCAAACCGAUGGUGAAGCGGUCUAGACAGCAAGACUUGCCAUUGGUACACACUAAUAAGCUGAAGGAGGAGUUAUUUGCUGCUGGUGUCAAGCUGCUCAAGCUGAUUGAGAAUGAGCCUGAGCACGAUGCAUAUCCCAUAUCCAUGCUUUCUCUGUCUGUCACUGGGUUUGUGGAGCUUCCAGCGGGUGCCUCUAUUGGACAUUUCUUCAAGACCAUCACCACAGAGGCUCGAGAGAAGGCCGCGGUGGAGAAGACCAAGGCUCAGCAGGUCAACACAUUGUGGAACAAGCCCAAGGAGGAGAAGAAGAGCUCGGGUAAGGACAUCACGCAGUUCUUUGCCAAGAAGCCCAAAGAGAAGAAGGAUUCUGAUGAGACAACCAAGAAGCCAGAAGCAUCCGACCCCGAAGUGAAGAAACCUCUGAGUUCUGAAGCUAAUGAUUACAACUCCUCUUCGCUAUUCGUGUUCAGUGACGAUGAGAUGGACGAGUACAUUGACACCUUCACUUGCCCGAAGUGCGACAAAAAGUACCCCAUCGAUGAGGAGAUGGAGCACAGUGACUGGCAUGUGGCUGUGGAGUUGAGCAAGGCCAAUCGACCUGAACCCAAGCCUUUGAAGGUCGUCAAGCCCAAGGGGAAGAGAAAGGGAGAUCGUCAGGCGAGGUUGGCCUUCUAG